AUGUCAUCGUCGCAACCCGCGUUGGCGCCAAAACGCCACUGGCUCACCAGGGACAAGCUCCGGCCGCUCCUUGACAAGCUCUCGUCGGAACUUCCGUCGGUCCGGUCGGCUGCGCUCGACUCGCUAGUCUUCAAGCUACACCAUGGGCUCGUCGUUCCUGCUCAGCUAGUUCAUGAGGCCUCGCUCCCUCCGGCCCUCCUCUCCUGGUUCAACUUUGACAACGUGGUCCUCCCACGCAAGGCUCUCGAGCUCAUGGCUACUCUCACAAACUCCCAUCCCAAGGUCUUUGGCUUUGCCCUACUCCGCGCUGGUGCCGUUCCCUUUCUCAACGCUCUUCGACCCGAUCUUCCGCCCUUUUGCAUCCCUCAAGUCGACGCGCUCCGCGACGCCUUGCUCCACCUCGAACCACAGCUCCUCCUCGCCCCGCCGCCGCAGCCCGCCAGCCACCAGGCCAAACUCGAGAGCCUCCCGGGAUCCAAGGCCUACGCCGAGUUAACGACGCUCCUCCGUCCCCGGGCUCGCCUCCCCGAUGACGACGCGGGAUUCGCCUCUUCUAUGGAUGACCUGCUCCGCACUCUCCCGCCGGCGGACGUCGACGCACUGCUUGCUGCCGGCGACGCGCUCUGUCGCGACGCGCCCGGCCCGCUCCUCGAAGCGCUUCACGACUUUGAGUCGCGCAUCGUCUUUGACUACCCGCCGCUGGCAGUCCUCGCCGCUGGUACCCCGCUUCAGGGCCUCAUCUCGCUGCUCAUCAACACCGGCUCGCCCGACGUCGCCACGCAUUACGACCUCGAGCUGCUAGCCCUCCGCUGCCUCACCGCCUGGCUCGACCGCACAUCGGCUGCACUCUCCCUCGCUCGGGCCGCCCUCGACUACGCCCCGGCCGCCUCGGCACCAGGCCCGUCGCCGUUUGCGCCUCCAGUCCUCGGCCUUCUGCACAACACCCUCGCCCGCAUCCUUACCCGGCUCGCCCCGCUGGCCGCCGCCUCGCGGCUCCAUGCUCCGGUCUGUGCCGCCCUCGCGCCCGCACUUGCCCUCUACGCACGAGUCCUCGCCCUCCUCCCACGCCAGCAGCUCGCCGCCCUCGCCCGCCCGGCUGCCGCCUCGCUCGCUUCCGCCCUCGCCGCACACCUCGACUCGCCGCACACCUCACCGCUCCUUGUGCACAUUACCGCCGACGUCAUCGACGUCUGGCUCACCGCACACCUCGUUGCUGACGGCACAUCACUCGAUCCCGCGCUCGACGCGGCUCUCAUCCAGCUCGUUCUCGACGCCGAGCUCCACCAAGCGCUCGACCCUGCCAAGACCACCUUUGCGUCAUACCUCGUUGCCGUCAACGCACCGUCGGUCGAGGCUCUUCAGCUCCUGGACUCGGUCCGUUCCGCUCUUGAGGUUCUCGCCAGCCUUGCCACUGCACUCGCGGUCCCUGCCGCCUCGGCACCCUCGCUUGACGUUGUAGCCGCCGCUGCCGGGGCGGACAUCGACUCGCUCGGAGCCACUCUUGCUCUUGCUCUCGGCCACGUGGGCACUGCUCGCUCUGGCUUUACUUCUGCCGCCGCUGCCGACGCGCUCCGCGCGUUUGCCCCGCUUCUGGCAGAGUCUGCCGCCGUCGCCAUUGUCGUCGACCUCCUCGCCUGUGCCAGCGUUGCACCCGAGCCCAUUACCGGCCUCCUCGCCGGCCUCACUGCUGCCGCAACCUCACCGCUUGCCUGCAGCCUCCUCUUUGCCCGCCCGGUUCUCCACCUGCUGCUUGUUCACUUGCUCGGCCUCCCCUCGCUCGCGCCGGCUGUUGCCGAUCUCCUUGUCACCAUGGUGACAGCCGUCCCGGCCGGCGAGCCUGAGCUUGACGUCCUCCUCGACUACGUGCCGUGGCUCCAGCUCCGGCUUGACAACCCGAUGCUUUCAUCAGCGCUGGCCGGCAUCCUCAACCUCCUCUCGCAGGCCAUGACCGACGAAGCCGCCCUCGCCGCCAAGGUCCGGCUUGUCUUCCACGCCGCGCCUUGGGCAUCGGCUCAAGCCAUCCGCGAGCUCCACGCCCACGUCUCGGAAGUCCCGCUUCCGCCUCCGUUCGAGCUCAUUGACCCGGCAGCAACGUCCGCCCUCACCGCCGACCUCACGCCGGACCUGUUCAUUCUUCCGGCGUCCGACGCCCGGCUCGCGCUCCGCGCGCACCGUCCGGUCUCGGACGCAUCGGCUGAGCACGCUGCCAAUCUCUUCCACAUCUUUACCGGCGGCGAUCAUGCUGACUUUGAGCCGGCGGUUGUCGCCGCUGCCGGCGACGAGCUCCUCGCCAUGAUCACCGCUGCUCCUCUCCUUGUCAAGGUCCUCCUCGGCUCGGUGCCCGACCUGCCCGCCACCCUCGUUGCCCACCUGGAGUCUGCCCGUCCGGCGCGUGCCGCCAUCCUCCUAUGGAUCCUGGCGUUUGCUCUUGGCUACGCCCCGGCCCAUGGUGCCCGCCUCACAGCCGACGUUGACGCAGCAUCGACGCUCCUCACCUGGCUGCUGGCUGCGGAUCCUGCUCCACGUGCUGCCGCCGUCUACGUCUUUGGCGUCAUGCUCUUUGACCCGGCUGUGCUCGCUGUCGGCCUCCCAGACGUCGCUGCUGUCGAAGACGUUGCCGAUCUUGUCCCACCGUCGCCGUUUGUCCUUGCUGUCCCGCGCGUCCUCCACACCGGUUUCACCCUCCCGUUUGGAACUCACUCGUUUGACAUGGUGCUCGCGCCGCAUACCGCCGCCACGCAUGCUCCGCCGCUCGCGCUCCGGCUUGUCACCGACGCGCUCGACGCCAAGACCUCCGCUGGCAUGCCGGCGCCAUCCACCCUCCAUGCCUGGGAUCUCACCCUUGUCUGGCGCGAGGCCUGGCGCGCUAUUGCGCUCUCGCCGUCCGCUUGGCAUCUGGCUUGCCCCACUGCCGAUCUCGGUCCCGACGCCAUCGACCUGCCGGACAUGGACGUUGUCGCUGCCGCCUUUGAUCUUGCUUCUGCCGCUGUCGCCGUCGCGCCCAACUCGCAAGAUGCGCUUGACUUUGCCAACGCUCUCCCACGCUGGUUGGUCCCGCUUUGGGCCUCGCCAGUCCACCAGGUCUCCGACGGGCUGGCGGCCUCCGAGUUGGCACCGGCUCAGCUGGCGGCGCUCCUUGCCGCUCGCGCAGUCUACUACUCGCUCAAGGCGCUUACUCUCCUCCUCGCCUCUCCGUCACACACUGAACGCUGGUCGCCGUCGACCUGGGAACAGCUAGCGUGCGGUGCCUUUGACACGUUUGUUGCGCCGGCGCUCCCGCACGCCACCCGAACCGCGCCUGCCAUCCACCUGCACGGCCUGGUAGCGCGAACAGGGCUUUCCACCUUUGCCGCCAUCCUCGCCGCCGCUCCGGGCAACCUUGGUCGUUCGCGCCACGCCGAUGCGGGUACCCUCCUCUUUGCAUGGGCUCGUCAGCUCCUUGCACCGGGUGCUCCAGCCUCCAUCACGACCGUCGGUCUCAAUGCCCCUGCCGCCUACUCAAAGCGACCGCUCCUCGCCGACCGCCUCGCAGUCAUCGAGGCGCUUGCCCGUCGCGCCGCAGCCUGGGACGGCCCGCACCUGGCUGCCGGUCUCGACGACAAGACGCUGAGCCUUGUCGUCGCCUGCCUCGGCGGCCUCAUGCACGACCAGGUGUCAGCCGUUCGCGCCACCGCGUGGCGGACCGUCGCCUGGAUGGUGGCGGACACCAGUCGCGCCGCACCAGCGUUUGCCGCGGCCCAUCCGCGCCUGCUCGUCGAGGCACUUGAGCUCGCCGCCGAUCAUCGCUCCCCGUACGGCGUUCGGGCCUCUGCAUAUGCCGCUGCCGCCGCCUUGCUCCUCGCCGCGCCUGACCAGGUCCCGUCUCGGGUCUGGGCCCCGGCGUUGGAGGCGCUUGCCGAGCUGCUUGCCGAGCCUACCGCCCCGCCGGCCUUUGUCCACGGUGCUGCCCGCAUGAUGGCGGCGCUGGUGUCGGUCGCCUCGCCCGAUGACGCUGCCCACAUCUCGGCCGUUGCGCUCCAGACCCGGCUCUGGUCACGUGUUUUGGACCUGGCGUCGGCUGCCUCGUUUGUGAGCCGAUCGCAGGCGCUCCUGUCCGCGCUCGGCCUUGCCGGCGACGACUGUGCGGCGGCCGGUCCAGGCGCGGCGUGGAAGCACUUGCAGGCUGCUUCGAGCCCGCACGCUGCCUCGCUCGCUCUCUUUUGCACUGCACUGCAUGGGCUCGCUGCCUCGGCGCGUGAGACCCGGUCAUACUUGGUCGCAACGCUCCCGCUUGUUCCGACGCUGAUUAGCUUGCUAGCCUCCCCGGGUCACCUGCAUCUCGCGGGCAAGUCGGCCGAGUAUGGUCCGUCGCUUGCAGCUUAUGUUGGCGCCCAUCCGGACGCUUUCACUCGCGGCCUUGCCGGGCUCGCUUCGGCGCAGCUGGUCGGUGCCUGUGGCCGGCUGUUGGCGUUUGCCUGGCAGGAGCUCCGGCCACCGGCGCGUGCAACCAUCUGCGGUCGUGACGGGCGUGUGCUGGCCUUGGCCCUGGCGCUCGCAGCCGGGCCGGCGAGUGCCUCGCUAGACGCCCGGGUCGGCAUCGCGCUGGCUGUCGCUGCGUGCCUCGGCUGCGACCAGCCUGGCUCUGCACUCUUGCGGCCCGUCCUGGACGAGAUGGUGAGCCCGAGUGAGGUUGACGGGUUCUGGCUGCCUCACCAGCUCGAAGCCUCGGUCAUUCCGGGCGCGCUCCUCGGCUCGCAAUUGCUCGCGCUCUACCGUGAGCUGCACACCUCGGAUGUUGUCUUUGCGUGGUCGGUCCCGCACUCGCUUCACGGACUGGCAGCGUUGGAGGCGGCGCGGGCGCACACAGCGUGCGCGCUGGCGGCGCUCUGGCUCGGCUCCGACUCGAGCGUCGAGCUGGCGGCGCUCGCCGGCGAGUUUAUCUCGCUCCGCCGCGAGGCGUCAGAAGCCAUGUCGCUGGUGACCAAGCUCGACUCGGAAACCGCACGCGCAGGCUCAGAGCUCGCUUCGCGGCCGGGCUUGACCUCGAUGACCCGCAGCCUGGCGGUGGCACAGGUUCUCAACACGCUCGCACUGCUCAAGGCCGGUGUCCUUCGGGUGGCUGACGCCAAGGCGCAGGCCAUCGAGGCAGGAGUCAUCACGUUUGUCCACCGCGCGCUGGCGCGGAUCACCUCGACCAAGUGGCCGACGGCGUGCGAGCAUCGCACUACCCUUGUCCGGGCGUGCCUCGGCCUAGUUGCCAAUCUCGCUGCCGACUCGCCGGCUUCACUGCGGGCGAUCGCCGAGCACAGCGAGCUGCUCCGCGCGCUGACGGCGCGAGUCGAGUCGCCGCCGCGCGACGGGACGUAUCCAGACGUGCUCGCGCUGCUCGGAGAGCUUGCCCGCGGCUCCGAGGUCCGCGCCCAGUUGCUCAAGACCAAGAUCGACCACAGUCUUGCCGCAGUGGUCCUCCGUGGCGCCGAUGGGGUCGAGCGGACCGAGAAGGUCGUCGACCGCGAGCUCGCUCCAGUCCUCAACUUUUGGAUCUCGUUCACAUCAUGCGCCGGUGGUGCCGAGCGUGCCACCAAGGUCCGUGGCCUCUUUGGCGGCCUCCACCGCAUCGCGCUCAGCGUGCCUCACUCGGAGGUCGGCCUAGCGGCGCUCAAGGUCGUCCGCAACAUGGCACACUGCCGCGAGGCCAAGGUCCACUUUCUGGAGGCCGGGCGGCUGGCCGGGCUCACUCGCAAGCUCCUGGUGCUCCCGAUGCAACCAACGCCCGAGGCCGAUGCUGAGGCGGCCACACGGUGGGCGCUGGUCACCGACGCGCUCUGGGCGCUCGUCUACGCCUCGCAAAAAAUCAAGGUCGCCCUCAACAAGAUCGGCGUGGCCAAGACGCUCGAGCUCAUUGAGGCGUAUAUGUGGCGGCGGUACGGGCCGUCGCUGGAGGAGGCCUCGCCCGAGCUGGCUGCCGAGAAGCGGCAGCGCAUGACCGGCGUGGCGUGGUAUGCCUCGAUCGACGCCACCGCCGCCGAGCCGGUCGACGCUGCCGGGCUGGCGACGCUCGCCAAGGCUCUUGAGGCCUCGACCGUUGUCCGUGGCCUGCUCCACCAGCGCGUGAUAAACUAGAUGCCGCAGGGAA